CCUCCCACAUCUCUCUGUGGUCCUCCUCAGCGUCCUCCAGCAUCCCCCUCCUCUCCCUCUGAGCGCUCUGCUCCUUCAGUUCUCCUCUCGGUCUCCCGCUAUCGCGUCCAGCUGUGGCCCUCACAGGGCGCGCUCGCUGGCUCUCACCUGACAGGUCCCUGGCCUCAGGACGACAGCCAGCACCAACACGUUCCCUACAUGAGGGACAAAGCGACGCAGACCCCCAGGGCCUGGGCAGAUGAGAGGAGGAGGGGCUCUCACAAACGCUCGGCCUCCUGUGGGAGCACCGACCAGCUUAAGGAGAUUGCCAAAUUGCGCCAGCAGCUUCAACGCAGCAAACGCAGCAGCCGGCACCGGAGGGACAAAGACCGCAAGUCUCCAUUCAAUGGCAGCCAUACCAUCAUCCAGUCGCAGUCGCCUAUGCCCAAAACCAUCCUGAUCCCCAUCCCUAUAUCCAAGUCAUCUGCCCCUCGUUUCCGCAACAGUGUGGAGGGCCUCAACCAGGAGAUCGAACGCAUCACCAUCCAGGACACCCCUGAGAAGGAAGAGACCAUCGUUCCGCAGGAUGUCCCAGAUGGGCACCGCGCUCCCCCACCCGUCCCCCCGCAGCGCAGCAGCAGCACCCGCAGCAUCGACACACAGACUCCCUCAGGGGGCGGCCUGAGCGGUAACCAUAGCAACUGCAGUAGCCGUCCCGACUCCAUCUCGCCCUCCUACCUCACCGUCCUCAACGACAUGGGUGGAGGCAGCCCCUAUGAGGACAAAGAGCUGGGCCCCUGCUCCCCGCUGCCUAAGUACGCCGCCUCACCCAGACCUAACAACAGCUACACCUUCAAGAGGGAACCUCCAGAGGGCUGCGAGAAGGUCAAAGUGUUCGAGGAGUCCAUGCCCAAACCUCUGCAGGAGAUCCCUCCCUUCCUGUGUCCCGACCGCAACAAGGUCAACUUCAUCCCCAACAGCGGCUCUGCCUUCUGCCUCGUCAGCAUCCUCAAGCCCUUACUCCCUGCCCCGGACCUCAACUUCCGCCCCGGGGUGGGCCUCCGAAGCCUGUCCCCGUCCCUCGUGCCUCUGUCCACCCAGCCCUGCCUCCUGGAGGAGCCGGAGAGCUUCUGAGGAACCUCCCUCCCCCCCCCCCCACGAAAUCAGAAAACAUUGGAAACUAGGAAACAACCCUUCUGCUCCAGAAAAAUGCCUUCAGCAUGCCAGCUAAGCUCUCUCUGAUGUCCUUAUCUUGUUGACAAAGCGCUUCCCACUGCCUCUCCUCCUCAGACAACGACUACGACGUGAGAGUCCUGCGGCAGCCCUGCAGCGGGUGUUUGCAGCUAACAUUUCAUCGCUUUCUUCUACCUUUAGUGCUGGUUAUGUUCCUGUUUUUUAGGAGGAAAAGGGCGAAAAGGACAGACUCUUUUAUUUCAUCGUAUUAUACCAUGGCGCCUUUCCACGGACAUAUCUCUUUUUCUAUCUGUAGUUAUUUCUCUUGAUAUUAAGAUAUGCCUUCCAUUACUUAAAAAAAACAAACAAAAAAAAACAAAAAACAAGGCCGCUGGUUUCCUUGGCGGCCGAGAGUUUGACCACGGAGGCUCAUUUUUGGUGCUGCCAGAUAUUACCGUAGCAAAACUUGAACGGUCGCGACAAGGAGAAGUUAUAAAUGUGCCUGACUAUUUUAGACCGCUCAGUUUCGCUCAACCAGCGUAGUGCUCGGAUCACGCGUGAUGUUUGCACUAUGAUGGCCAUAGAUACACACACGAAGGCAGGGACGGAUGAAAACCUACAUUCGACCACCUGUGAAGUAAAUCCAGACAUCUGUUUUGUACUUAAAUCAGCCUUUUACAGUGACAGCUGACUGUAAACCGGUACGAGCUGAUGCCUUUGGUUCCCUGCUGGGCGGUGUGUAUCGAUGGGAAACACAGGCCAGGGCUAUGAUGUGUGCAGCGUGUUCAACCUGUGUCUGCUUGCCCCUCCUUCCCCAAGCGCCAGCCUUUUUUUCUAAAAAUGUCCCCUUUUAACUCCACCGCCAUCACAACCACCACCACCUCCUUCUGUUCCUCCUUUCUCCAGCUCUCUCUAUCCUUUUUUUCCCCUCACUGUCACUGUUAACGCUGAUUUCCUCCCGUCUUGCUCAGUGUUGUUGUGAAAUAUGUCCAGGAGGGGCCUCCUCGUCCUCAAGGGGACAGGCUCCCUCUGGCUUGCAGGGCCCUGAGCAUGGAGAGGUUAGAUGAGCCCACAUGAGGGUCGGAUGGAGUUCAGAUAAGUAUCAGACACACCCUACCUGCUGUGGGAUUCCUAGUCCAAAUUCAAAGAUAUAUUUAUUUUAACAAUAAAUCAAAGGACAACAUGUAAUAUGAAAAGUGUCACUUGUAGUGACAAACCUACAGAGAAUUAUCUCCCAACUCUUCAGCUCUACUAAGCUUUUUUUUUUUUUUAUAGGUACUUUCAGCUCAUUGAUUUGGUUUCACAGCACAAAACUUCCUUCGCUUUGUUUCCAUCAACCAACUCCUAAUAUACACAGGUAGAUGGAAGCAGCAUCUUUAACAGAUUUUCUGGACAUUUGGUUAAAACACGCUGAUGAAAACUAGACCAGUGUUGUGUUAACGGGUUGUCUCCGCUGCCCCCAAGUGGCCUAAUUAAUAUAUUCAUACAGGUUUUGAUUAAAUAAGUAACAAUCAAAGUUAGUUUAAAACAAAAGAAAAGUAUGCAGGUGUGCUUUCUAAGAGUCACCUGAUUGUUGCACACGUGUGACGUCACUUUUCCCACAUAAGCCCCGCCCUCUUUAAGCUACCUAGAAAAAGGAAAAUGACAGAAAACUCGCUUGUACAUUAACCAAAACUGUCCUAAAUAUACUCUUAGAUUUCUCUUCAUGUUGGAGCCAGUUACUCAAAGUAAGAAGCUAAAUGAGAAACUAUUUUAACAUUUAACAUUGUGACAGCGUAUUUACGACAACAUAAAUGUAUUACUUUUUUUAAAACUGUAAAUUAAAUCCCCUAAGGAACUUUUACUAUACCUGCUUGAUCAGAUAGGAUGAAGUCUUCAGUCUGUUCAUCUCACUUCAAUCAUUUUUCUGAGCAGACUGACCAAACAAAAAAAAAA